AUCACCGACCCGCGCGCGCUCUGUCCGUGUUUUCCACGCUGCCCGGGCUGAGUGUGAGCGUGUCGGUGCCCGCUGGGGGGCGCUCGCGCACACCGGCGCUCGGCCGCCGGAGUUAAUGCCAUCGCAGCGCGCGGGACGUCCGCAGCUCACUGACGGCACACACUCGUCCGUGUCCGCCUCGCGCACCGCUUCGCGCGACUUAUAAUUCAUGCGUUUUUACUGAAGCUCCUGCACACGAUAUCAUCAUCAUGCGUUCGCCGGCUGCGCUCCGCUCCUUGUGACGCGCCGCGCCGUGGGGGACCGCGAUCGGACCCGGGACCAAUGUGAUCGCGUGCGAGCGGAGUGUCGCCGAGGAGGAUCGUCCGCCGGAGUCCUGCGCCAACGCACCCGGACACUUCGACGCCCCACCUGAUGGCACUGGAGAACUCAGCCGGGUUCCACGCCAGCUCACGCAGGCCUGAGCUGGAGCCCAAGAUGGGCAAGCUUGCUCUAGGGUUCCAGCGUAGCUCCACAUCGGAUGAUGACUCCGGCUGCGCCCUGGAGGAGUACGCCUGGGUCCCACCAGGCCUGCGGCCUGAACAGGUCCAGCUGUACUUCUCCUGCCUGCCCGAGGACAAGGUGCCCUAUGUGAACAGCCCCGGGGAGAAGUACAGAAUAAAGCAGCUCCUGUACCAGCUGCCUCCACAUGAUAAUGAGGUGCGAUACUGUCAGUCUCUCAGCGAAGAGGAGAAGAAGGAGCUUCAGAUGUUCAGUAUGCAGCGGAAGAAGGAGGCGCUGGGGAGGGGAGCGCUCAAAAUCCUGCCUAGAGCUCUGAUGCAUACCAUCUGUGAGCAGUGCGGCGAGAACAUCGGUGGAGGGGUGAUGGCAGUGUUUGCCUCCAGGGCGGGCCCUGGACCGUGCUGGCACCCAGCAUGCUUUGCCUGUGCCACCUGCAGGGAGCUCCUUGUGGAUCUCAUCUAUUUCUACCAUGAAGGCAAAAUCUAUUGCGGGCGGCAUCAUGCUGAGCUGCUGAAGCCCCGUUGCUCUGCCUGCGAUGAGAUCAUCUUUGCUGAUGAAUGCACAGAGGCUGAGGGCCGUCACUGGCACAUGAAGCAUUUCUCAUGCUUCGAGUGUGAGACGGUGCUAGGGGGUCAAAGGUACAUCAUGAAAGAUGGCCGUCCCUACUGCUGCGGCUGCUUCGAGUCCCUGUACGCUGAAUACUGCGAGGCCUGUGGACAGCAUAUCGGAGUGGACCAUGCCCAGAUGACAUACGAUGGCUUGCACUGGCAUGCUACAGAGACAUGCUUCUGCUGUGCCCAAUGCAAGAGCUCCCUGUUGGGAUGCCCCUUCCUGCCCCGGCAGGGCCGCAUCUACUGCUCCAAGGCUUGCAGUCUAGGGGAGGAUGUGCAUGCUUCGGACUCAUCCGACUCUGCCUUCCAGUCAGCGAGAUCCCGCGAGUCCCGUCGGAGCGUGCGGAUGGGGAAGAGCAGCCGUUCGGCCGACCAAUGUCGUCAGUCACUGCUGUUCUCGCCUGCUACCAACUCCCUGACGCACAGGUUGGCUCACCUCGGCUUCACGGAGGACCAUUUCUGGAAGGACCGCGAAAAGCAUGAGGCUCCAGAGGAGCAGGAGGACUGGGCGGAGCAUGAUGACUAUAUGACGCAGCUGCUUCUUAAGUUCGGCGAGCAUGGCGCCUUACGGCCUCUGGAGGAUAGUCGAGCCAUGGACCUCUGGGCACCUGAUUCUUCAGCUAAGGUGAAGUUGGCACCAAAAGCGGGAGCCCAUAGUCAGAGCCUGGCCAGUAAGAAGUACCAGGCGGAUAUGUAUUGGGCCCAGUCGCAAGACGGCUUGGGGGACUCAGCCUAUGGCAGCCACCCCGGCCCAGCCAGCAGCCGCAAGAUCCAGGAGCUGGACAUGGAACAUGGUGCCACCAGCCUUGAAAAUAACGAGAAGCCCUGGCUGGAUGAUUCCCUGGAAUGCAUCACUGACGAACUGAAGCAGCCAGAUCAGAGCGUUCGAGACUCCAUGGAUUCACUGGCGCUUUCUAAUAUCACGGGUGCCUCAGUGGAUGGAGACAGCAAAGAUGUGGCGUUGCUGUAUUCCUUACAAAACUUCCAAGAGCUUGAAGCUGAGGACUGCGAGAAAAUGAGCAACAUGGGGACACUGAACUCUUCUAUGCUACACCGGAGUGCCAGUUCUCUGAAAAGCCUCACUUCAGAACUGGAGCGGGAAGGAGAAGCAGAACAGGAGGUGGAGGAGGAAGAAGAGGAGGAGCCUUCUCUUCCAGAGGAGACGCCUGCGCCAGCCCACUUUCCCGUGCUCCGAAGGACCAGGUCUCAGUCGAGGCCGCAGCAGGUGAAAUUCUCAGAUGACGUGGUAGACAGUGGGCAACUAGAUGAGUUGGAGGUGCGGCAGCCCCCAAUGAGCGAGCGCACCCGCCGGCGGGUGUACCACUUCGAAGACCAGGACCUGCGCCUAAAUCGCCACCACCAGCACCACCGGAGACGCCGGAGCAGGAAGUCCCGCUCAGACAAUGCGCUACACCUGGUCCCCAGGGAACGGGCCCGUAGGCGCUUCCCUGAGCGCCCGGCUCCAACCACCAGCCCUCAAGAUGGCCGCGAGCCAUACGGCCUGCUCUCCCACCCCCACGCCACCUCUGACUACGGCCUUCAGAACCCAGGCACCGACCGCUUCCUGGGGCUAUAUGGAGACGAGGACUGGUGCUCCACCUGUUCAUCAUCAUCAUCCUCUGACUCGGAGGAAGAGGGCUUCUUCCUGGGCCAACCCAUCCCUCAACCCCUGUCGCAGAGGUACCGGUACUACGCGGAUGAUCUUCCGAGCCCAGUGUCGGGCUUAGCCUCACACUCCUUUGAUGCACGGACAAAGGGCAAGAAGAAAAAGGGGCACAAGGGUAAAAACUGUAUCAUUUCAUAGAACUGUGACUGAAAGAAAACCGCAGCCAUUCGGACUUUUCCCUGUUCCAGAUUGCCUCUUUCCAGAGCCAAAGACAUCUGCUUGACAAAGUGCUGACUGUGUGUUUACAGGGGUUUUGUGAGCUCUUUGUGUCAUCUUGAGUUCAACAGUUCCUCCGUGGGGGAGGACACCGUGUGCUACAGCCAAAUGCCGUUAAAAUAAGACCAGUUCAUGACAUUUCCACAGACUCACCACUUGUCUAAUCAAAUGUAGUGCGUACUUAGAGUCCAGCACAUUCUAGCAACACAUAAGAAUACCAAAUAAAAUGGCAACAGCAUUUCCAAGAUAGAAUUAUAUACUAUCAUGUAGAGACUUUGAAGUAAUUUAAACAAAUUGAAAUUAUUAAUGUACAUAUUGUAAGAUUCGAGAUUUUAAAACUGCUAUUUUUUAUAUGCUAAAAUUUAAAAAUAUUAGCAUUGUCUGAUGCAGGAGGUACAGCUGAGAGGCCCAGCCUUCUACACAUUUAGUGAAACACCACCAUACGUUAUGCAAGGUUUAUCAACACAGACAGAAAUCUGCCUAAAAAGGCAAUGACCUUGUAUAUAUUAGAUUCUUGCUCCCCCCAGUUUAUGGAUUGUAGUUUGCUGUACGGUCUGCUGUAGCCUGAGUGUGUGACAGGACCACACACACACCUCUGCAUAACCGAGGCCUGAUUGGAAAAGUUAUUUAUGGGUCAUACUGCAUUGUAAACAGCUGUUUUCUGUAUAAAUGUACAAA